AUGCAGUGGAAAAUUAAAACUUUGCUUGCUUUAGAUGUUGAAAGUCAACAGCUACCGAUAACUCAGAUGAACUCGUUCGCAAAAACUGGAGGAAGUAAAUUGGCGCAGUUCAUUAAAUGUUCAAAUAUUUGCUGCUCAUCGAAUAUCCAUCGAAGGGAUAGACGUAUUUAUGUCACAGCAAAUAUUUGGGUACGACUUCAAGGAUCCAAAGCUGUAUAA